UCAUAAUUGGAUUACGAAAUUCCUUCGUGAUCAGACGUGUUUACUUUCUGUAGCAGACAAAUGGAUGUUGUAGAGGAAACUGGCGGGCUGAUAAGGGAGCCCAUAAUAACAAUCUGUGAAUUAAGUGACUAUGCACAGGGACUUGAUGAAAAAGACAAACGACAGUAUGUAGAAAAACUAGUUAAAUGUGAAAUAGAUACAGUUAUAGCAGAUAAAAUCUACCAACGACUGCUGCGUUGCCGCGAUGACGACAAAUGUCAAAAAAGAUGUCGAACAGCUAGGGCUGUGGCCCGGGUCAUGAAAACCCGGGUUAGAUCCCGGGUCAAGGAAAAAAAAAACCCGAUAAAAGGCAACCCUUUAAGGAAUUUUUUUUUUUCGGGACGGGUUUCGGGACGGUUCAAGGGGUUCUCGGGCUAACCCGAGAUGUGGCGCCAUCUAGUAGUAAGACAAAGAAGGUUUUAACUCUUACGCUAAGUUACGAGUCAACAAAGCAGAAUGGCUUAAAAACAUAGCAAUCUACAGUAACGGUCAGGAAUCGGGGUAUCUCUCUGCGUACUUGGGAACUUAGGUCCUCCCACCAAGUCACCAACCCACAGGCGCCUCGGGAUGUUUGUCUCAAUAUAGUGCUGCUACUGGUGACCAAUUUUCAAAACAAUUUUUCCAUUUUCCACAAUUUCUUCACAAGUUUUACACAAUUCUAUGCCAAACAAAAUCACAUAUAGUUUUGAACUGCUGGAGACUAUGCUAAAAUGCUAUGCUUUCCUACUUCAAGUUCUAGCUCAUUGUAAAAAAAUGUAAAGAUAUUGUGGAUAGUGAAAAAAAUCGUUUUGAAAAUUGGCCACCAUUCGCAGAAAACGUCCAAAUGUACCUAAAUCCUGUCAAUCAGGCGACGCUGCUGGCAAAAAAAGAAGUUUUCCAAAUAUAAACGUUGUAAUGGUUGAGUCCGAUGACGAGACUAAAAAGAAGAGAAGAAAAGUGCAUUUGACCCGAUAAUUACGCGGGACAUUACCCGACCCGGGUUGUUUUUUCUGAUCCACGGGUCAAGCGGGACGGGACAUUUUUUUUGGAUCGUCGACCCGGUUCAAAACCCUUUAAGGAAAAAAACCCGUUAAUUUUAACCCUUUAAGAAAAAGUAUUCUAUUACUCUGGCCCUAGGCUCAGGGGUAAAUGCCUUUAAAUAUACUGUAACAUGUGGCAUCGUUGCAAAACUGCAAUAACAACUAUGGCGACUUCAGUGUUACGCGUUGGAUACCGGCUAAUUCAACAUGGUAUUGUCAGAAGGUAUUCGCAAGAAACUCGCCGGCCAACGUUCAUUUCCAGGGUUAUCGAAAAUAUUCGUCAAGAAAUGGCCAAAAAUAAAGAGAUGAAAGAGAAUCUCAAGAAAUUCAGAGAAGAAGCCCAAAAACUUGAAAACACAGAUGCAUUAAAGAAAGCCAGAGAAAAAUUUCAAGCUGUUGAAUCAGAAGCAUCCAAAGGCACAGAUGUCUUGAAGGGUAAAGUAAAUGUAUUGAAAGAGAAGGUUCAAGAAGUGCUUUCAGAUGCUCAGAAAACAGAGUUUGUGAAGAAAGCUGGACAAAUAACAGAAGGUAUAGGCAAAACAGCAAAGGAAGCCACUGACACAAUAGUGGAAACUGGACAGAAAAUCAGCAAAACAGCACCCUUCAAGACAAUUAGUGAAACUGCUGAUGCUGUGCGAAAAGAAAUAGACUUAUCUGGAGCAAGAAUAUACAGGAGACCGGUAGUAUUGAGGAAACGCAAACAAGUUAUAUCUGAAGAAGAUUCAAAUGCGAAGCCCAUUGAAAUUAAUACUGAAGCAACUGGUAUUGAACUGCAUAAAGAUUCAAAAUUUUACCAGAGUUGGCAAAAUUUUAAGGAUAAGAAUCCUUAUGUUAACAAAGUUCUUGAUUGGAAGAACAAGUAUGAAGAAAGUGAUAAUGCGGUCAUUCGCGCUUCACGUUUGCUUACAGAAAAAGUUGUCGAUAUAAUGGGAGGCCUAUUUCAAAAAACCGAUAUGAGUGAAGCGCUUACAGAAAUAUGUAAAAUGGAUCCGGAAUUCAGCAAAGAAGAAUUUUUGAAAAAGUGUGAAUUUGACAUCAUUCCUAAUGUUCUUGAAGCCAUGGCCAGAGGGGAUCUUGACAUUUUGAAAGAUUGGUGUCAUGAAGGGCCUUAUAAUAUUCUUUCAACCCCCAUCAAACACGCACUUUCUCUGGGUUAUUUCAUCGAUUGUCGCGUGUUGGACGUCGAUAAUGUUGACUUAGCCAUGGGUAAGGUCAUGGAGCAAGGCCCCAUAUUAGUUAUAACCUUUACUGCCCAGCAAAUUAUGUGUGUCAGGGAUAAAGCUAAUAACAUCGUUGAAGGCGAUCCCGAGAAAGUGAUGCGAGUCAACCACGUUUGGGUUUUGUGUAGAGACCAAGCUGAACUGGAUACAAAUGCGGCAUGGCGUCUGAUGGAUUUAUCAGCGAAUAGCAGUGAACAGUUUAUUUAAAAUAUACUAGGUUCAAUUCAGAAAUAGACAUGUUAUUAAAUGAAGCACAGACUACGAAGUAAAGACCGAUAUCAUCGCCAUAAGGCUGAGAGAAAUACAGUAGGCGAUGCUUGGUCUUAACCGCUAGGGGCAUGGCGUACGUAUUGGACACCCACGGGUGUCUACUACAAUUCCCGCUAAUACGUGUGAAGCACGUAUUCAGUACUAAAAUGUGAAAAAAGCUGAAAAAUUUGUCCAAUACGUACGCCAUGCCCGUAGCGGUAAGACCGAGCGUCGCCUACACAAUGAGAUAGGGGAUAUCGGUCUUUAUUUCGUAGUCUGUGAAUGAAGUAAGAAAUAACAUUUUCCAAAGACAUGCAGCUCUUACCUGAUUAUGCGUCUGGUAUUUCCUCUAUGUGAAAUAAGUGUUAUCCCUAUACUGAUGUCGAAUUUACACCAGAUGUGAGGCUUAUGACGACUAUAGCUUUAUCAAAUGUACAGUGACAUAACAAAAGACAAACGUCUAUAGCAUGCUAAGCUUCAUAAUUGCUGUAAGAAUUCAUCACCAGUUGUUCCGCGUUUCCAUAUAGAACUCUUGUCUAAAGAAAAAUGUAUCUCAUACUUCGUCAUUUGUUAUACAGCAUUGUGAUUCAUUGUUUUUUUUACACAAAAGGUUCUUGAA